UGACGUAGCUCCUUCAAAUAGGCGAUAGCCUCGGUCAGGGUUGCUCAUUUUGGAACAGACUGAGGGAAAGCAGAAUCAAAAUGAAGAAGUUUCUUGUGGUUGUCUCCUUUUUGGUCCUGCUGACAGCUGUUACAGACACUUCACCAGUUUUGUCUGAAAAAGAUGCCAAACAGAUGCUGAGGACUCGUCGUGAAGACAGGCCAAGAAAAGCUGGUUUCCCUGAUGAACCAAUGAGGGAGUAUAUGCUUUACCUCCAGCGCUUGGAGCAGAGAUCAGAAGAGCAAUUCCUUGAACACUGGCUGAAUCCUCAUUGCCUGCCACACUGCAACAGGGAUCUGGUGCAUCCAGUCUAAUGGGUUUGCCUACCCUGCAACUGAUCUCCACAUGGAUUUAUACACGAUUGUGUUAAGGAAGACAAGAUUAUUCCUGCAUUGGCUACAUGCUCCCUGUAGAGCAGAACCUCUCUGCAAUCCUCAUGGUACAGCAGAACUUCCAUCUCUAAGUGGCUUGAUGAGUUCCAGACCACCAUGUAUUUUCUACCAGCAAUGAUUGUAUGCAUGAAUAACUGAAUUGAGGGUUUCCACAGUUUCUGAGGUAUGGGCAACUUGUUAGUCCUAGAGUAUCCUUUCAAAGGCACAGGUUUAGACUGUCUGAAGCAAAAGGAACUUGGAGGGAGAGGUCAACAGAAAAUUGCAGAAUACCAACAUGAACAGAAGGCCAGCUUUCUGGGAUUUGGAGAAAUCCUUAAUUACAGUUUUCUAGGUUAAAUAACAAUAUUUCAUGAGGACACAACAUUUAUGUAACACUAUUUCCUACUGCCUGAUGAGUAUUUCAUGUAUUGUUUCAUAAUAAAAGCUUGACUUAA